CCGUGGUAGUGAGAGGGACUUCUCGAGUAUGAGUGAUCUCUCGCCUCGAUUCUGAAAUGACGCUUAUAACACUGGUCGUGGUGGCGGCUGUAGCGUCUGUGGAUUCUUGGGCUACAGGAGCAAAGGCCACAGCUGCUUCAGGAUUUCUACCUCUUCUAAGCCAUGGAGAAGGAGCGUCGAAGGAUAUCAUCCCGGGAUCUGGUCUUCUUUUCAAACUGCCUCCUCCCACGAUCGAGGAAAAGGCCGCGGGAGAGGCAGAAGGAGCAGGGAAGGAGGAGAAGGUUCAGGGAGUAAUCGUGGCAGCGGAGGAAGGCCGACCUUUUAAAGGUGGCGGUGAGAUCGACCAUGAUUCGGAAAGAACUCCUGCCAAUCGAUUUCAUGAAGGCAAGCAGUUCCAAGGACAGGUCAACCGAUUUAGCAGCGGGAGCCAGGGUGGGAAUGGCCCCGUUACCAGCGUCGUGGGCAGUGACCCCCUUGCUGCCGUGUCCAUGAUCCAGAGUUACGUGGAUGAAGUGAUCUCUAAGCCCACAGGGGAACGGCCGGGUUAUAUCAUGAUCAACUCACGCAAUCCGGUCAUUAUUAACCAGCUAGUGGCAGCCUUGACCCAGCGCUUCGGCCCUUCGUCAGUCCACCAGGACGCGCAGACGAUUCAGAACAUUGUUGGGAAUUCUGUUGGUUUAGGAAGCUCGGGGACACAAGCCACGAAUUCUGAUGGGAACAGGAAUACAAUACCAGUGUUUCCUUUCAGCAACAGGUUCGAAAAAACAUCUACUGAGGGAGUUACAGAGGCCAAGAAUGGCCUGUCUGAAGUUGAAUACAUCAGACAGCAACUGGCGUCAAUUGCAGACCUAUCAAUUUCCACCGGGAUCCUGGUUAACGACACAAUGGAUGCGCAAGGGAGACAUGGUCAGGAAAAGAUUAGUCCUUCAACUCCUAAAACUCCGGUAAUAGUAUUGAAUCAUCUAAAUAACAGUGAAGAUAACCCGCAAUCAGAUAUUCAGAAUGCAAUAUUAUCUGAAAAUGGAGAAUAUACAAAGCCACAGAGUAUAAGUGAAGAGAUAGAAACUAUUGAAGAAGUGGAUAAGAUUCUAGCAAACCACCUUCGCGAAAGUGUCUCCGUUAACCAUUUGCAAAGCACGGAAAAUGAUAAUUCCGAUCUAUCAUCCAACGAAGUAUCUCUCUCAAGCUCCCCUCAUUUCGCUGGGAUUACUCCAGAGGCCAGCGCAACACCACAUGAUAAUCCAAACGACUAUGUUACAUCUCUCAAAUACCUUACUACAGAAACCUCAACUCUAGCUACGAAAUCAAUGCCUGAUAUCCAUCAUAAGACAGAACAGUAUAUGCAGCAGCCCGAAACAACUAAGCACGGCGACCUGUCUGAAAAUGAAGUCCUUCCAACUGGUUAUGAGGAUUACUAUGAAGACAUUGACGGCGAAUUGGUCCUCAGCCCAUCCAAGUUCAUGCGCAGGGGUGGGCCGUUUAGCCCUUCCGAGAACAAGGAAGAUUUUGGUGACAACACUGAAACCAGAAAUGGGGAUAAUAGUGAGGAAAAUAUAGUAACUGAUGGUGUCAAGGCAGAUUUGUCAGGGUUUAAAAAUCCCUAUGACGAAAUCGGAAAGCAACAGUAUAACAAGUGGGCCAUGAAUUACACAGAUUCGCAGGUAUAUCCUCUUGAUGAGUUACGAGACCAACCAAAUCAUGUUUCCAGCCUAGGGGUGUCUCCCGUUAAUCCCCAGGUUAUGGAAGCGUUAAAGGGCAUGGAAAAGGAAGAUCUGCAGACACUAGGCUUGGCGGAGAAACUCGAGAUGAUCCCAGUACUGGAGGAAACUCCUGGGAACACUCGGAUGAAAAUUCCAAUGCUUGAGCAACUUCCGAAACAAGUCUUGAACCAUCUCCUUGCCAUGAAUACCCAUGACCUACAGACCCUCAACUUACUUGACGGCUUACGGCAGUUAUACCACACGCAGAAUGAAUCGGGGUCAUGGCACCAUAACAAUACCAAUGACGUAGAGGCAAAUAAGAGAUUAUCGCCAGUCAUUGGUGCCUUAGCUACUAACCACGAGGAGAGACAGCAGCACCGACCGAAUUUCAGUGCUGCCAACUUUCGUCAGAGUGAUGCUCCUGUGCAGAACAUCCCGCCCAACUUUUUCCCGAAUCGGCCCUCUCCUUCGCAGCACCAGCACCGCCAAGCUCCUGCCCCACAGCUCUCUCCCGAACAGCAGCAGAUCAUCUCUCGCCUUCCCGCGGGCAUGCAAGACGUCGUCUCUUCUAUCGUGAUGGCCGUGCAAGCCCCGGCAACCUCCGCGCCCACCACCCAGACGCCACCCUAUCUCCCGCUCCCGUACCCUUACCCAUACCCGCCUUACCCUUACUACCCUCCCCCUAACUUCCAUCAGCAACAAGUCCCCGCAACACAGCAGCCGCAUACCCACAAUGGUGGUGGCCAGGCGCACCACAGUGGGCAUGGUGCCCAUUCUCAUCACUCUGCGCAUGGAAGUCAUACUGGGCAAGGUGCUCAUGAUGGUCAUAGUAAUCACGGAGGCCAUGACAGUCAUACAGGACAUGGUGCCCAUGACAAUCACAAUAAUCAUGAAAAUCAUGGUGGUCAUACUGGACAUGGCGCUCAUGGGAAUGAUAACCAUGGAGGACAUGGCAGUCACCAUGGGCACAAUGUGAAUAGUAUACAUGGAAGUCACUCAGGUCAUGACACUACCGCUGGUCAGACCAAUGACAGGACCACCGAGGCGCAUGGCAGCGGCAGCAACACCAGUCUCAUUCCCCACAGAACCCAACCUCUUGCAACCUCUACUCCGGGAAAUGGGACGCCACGACCUGCCGUUGUGUCUGAGCCCAUUUUUUCCGAAACGUCAGACACGCAGAACGUCGCAGGGGAAACUUCUCCAAACUCUUCCGUCCUCGCGUCCAGAGUGGGGGAGUUGGCCGCGUCUGGAAUCCGGGACAACGACAACAGCGGCCAUGGCACUGUGGGUCUUCUCUGCCGCAACGAGGGCACGAGCGGCUUCUGUGAAAACCGACUGAGUGUUGGCGGCGUACCGAACCGGCCGGAUCGAAACCAGGGGCUGCUGCAGCUGAGGCAAGAUCCAGCGCAGAUGGGAAAUGGUAGACCGUCUGGCGGUGGAAUCGUGAACUACCGACCGCCACAGCAGAGCAGCAUGCAGAUGGGCGGGCCUGUCAUUAACGUUGUUCUGCCGGAGGUGCAGGAAUCACCGCUUUCUGUGGAGGAGGAAGAGAUCGGGCCUCUGAUCGGCGAUGCCCCGCCCGAGCCCGCCAGUGACAGCGCCCCUGAGAUGAUGGACCGCGAGGAGAUGAACUCCCUGCUACAGUCGCUCUUCUCGUCCCCUACGCUGCUGCUGCUGGGAAUCAUCUUCGCCACCAGCGCUGCCUACAUGGCCAUCGCCAUGGAGGAGCAGGCGGCUCAGCAGCGCUUCCAGCAGGCGCAGCUAGCGGCGGCGUUCGGAGGGCAGCAACAGUUCUUCCAAGGGCGCAGGCGAAGGCAAUUGCCGGACGUGUGGUACCCAAAGAAACCUCGUUUCGAGAAGCAAAACAACAGAUGAAGUAGAUUAAUCACUUAGUAGGUAUCACUCACAUCGACAGACCCGACUCCAUGACAGUGGGUGUGCGGAUGGGUUAAUAGGGACAACCAGGGAAUUUUUACCACGAAACUGAUACCGUUGGGAUUCUCAGCACUGUUGUACAUGAAAGCACAGUUCAUAUCAAGCGUAGUGUGAAGCAUGGACACUAGACCAGUGAUUUCUAUGAAGCAUGUGCAUCUGUUCACCUCUCACACUGAGACAUGUAUUUAAUCUACUUCGAAUGAUUUAUUGGAAUGAACCGCCAGAUCAAGGAACGUCCGUGGGAGACGAGUACAGUGAGGUGGAUGCAUCAAGACUUUAUAUGAGAUUCCUUACAUGCUGUCCAUGCAUUCAGGUAUCUCUCAUGAUGUCAUUAAAUCAGCUGCUAAUACUAACUAUGAAGACGGAUUAAAAAGUUAUCAAACUGAUUUCAGACCGAAUACUUUUUGAAUCCACGUUUCUUCUCCAUGCUUCAUUUAUUUAUUGUUUCAUCUUGUCUCACCUUUCCUAAUACCACAUUUCUCCUUCCAUUAUCAUCAAU